GGCCUGAGUCUCGCCCUCCCGCCCCGCGCCGCCUAACUUGCUAUAACUUCCUUGGCCGAGCCCGGCCGCGCCGCCGCUGCCGCUGCCGACGCUGCCGCUGCGCCUGGUGAGAAGAAUCUGCCCUUCCUGUCCUGUGUGUUACUGUGAAGCAUAGUGCACACUUCAAGUUUGAGAAGCAGCCCCUGAGUUAGGCUGAUACUCUGGUUUGGAACUGCUGCCAUCACGCUGACGCCUCUCAGUGAAGUGCUCACCAGCCGCAGAUCCUGCUUCUCAGAAGAUGCACUAUUAUAGAUACUCUAACGCCGAGGUCAGCUGCUGGUACAAGUACCUCCUUUUCAGCUACAACAUCGUCUUCUGGUUGGCUGGAGUUGUCUUCCUCGGAGUUGGACUAUGGGCAUGGAGCGAAAAGGGGGUGCUGUCCGACCUCACCAAAGUGACCCGGAUGCAUGGGAUUGACCCUGUGGUGCUGGUCCUGAUGGUGGGCGUGGUGAUGUUCACACUGGGCUUUGCUGGCUGCGUGGGGGCCCUGCGGGAGAACAUCUGCCUGCUCAACUUUUUCUGCAGUGCCAUUGUGCUCAUCUUCUUUCUGGAGCUGGCUGUGGCCGUGCUGGCCUUCCUCUUCCAGGACUGGGUAAGGGACCGGUUCCGGGAAUUCUUCGAGAGCAACAUCCGAUCCUACCGGGAUGACAUAGACCUGCAGAAUCUCAUCGACUCCCUUCAGAAAGCUAACCAGUGCUGCGGGGCAUAUGGCCCUGAAGACUGGGACCUCAACGUCUAUUUCAACUGCAGUGGUGCCAGCUACAGCCGCGAGAAGUGUGGGGUGCCCUUCUCCUGCUGUGUGCCAGACCCCGCGCAAAAAGUUGUGAACACACAGUGUGGCUAUGAUGUCAGGACUCAGCUGAAGAGCAAAUGGGACGAGUCCAUCUUCACAAAAGGCUGCAUCCAGGCGCUGGAGGGCUGGCUCCCCCGGAACAUCUACAUUGUGGCCGGUGUCUUCAUCGCCAUCUCACUGCUGCAGAUAUUUGGCAUCUUCCUGGCAAGAACCCUGAUCUCUGACAUUGAAGCGGUGAAGGCAGGUCACCACUUCUGAGGAGCCAGAGGUGGACGAGCAGAGCUGAGCCACGCGUGGAGGCCGCAGCCCUUCACUGCCAUCAACUUUAUGUCCAGAGGGAAACAGACGCACCCAGCACCCCAUCUUCAGCACCCACUUGAUGUGACCUCUCUGUUUUCUGCUUGCUGGCGCUGAAGACCAAGGGACCCCCUCACACCUGCACAGAUUUGUGGCCAAGACCCCCGCAGGGGUCUGCCUGGAGUCAGAGGACAUGUCUUUCAGUGGGGGAGGUGACCUGAGGGACAGAUGGCUCUGGUGGUUGCAUCCUGGCCUCCUCACCACUCAUGUGUCAUUGGUGCUGGCCUGGAAGCCAGCUGCACCUUAUGUGGACCUCUGAGUACCAGCGGGGCCCGCAGUGUCUGCACAAGUCGGAGUGUUGGCAGGAUCCUCAGCCAUGUCCAAGUGAAAUAAGCCUGAGCCAGUGCGUGGGCUGGUGCCGCAGGAGUGCCUUGUCCACCACCCUCCCAGCCCCCAGGGUCAGGAACUGCCUCCAGCCUCAAUAGCAUUAUGCCCUGAUGGCAGGAGGGGGCAGUGGGCACGGCUCUCCUCUGAGAGUCAGCUCUUCUUUUCCUAAAGUGUGUAAAUAGUUUAUUUAUAGAGUAAGAAUGUUCCCAUACCACGUCUUCAUUUCCUCUGGCAUUCUUCUCUCAACAGCCUUACAUGGUGUCUGGGACUGAAAUCACCCCUUUCAGUUCCCUUGAGUGUUUCAUGAAUCAACCCCACCAGCUUCUCCUUUUCAUGCCUAGUCACCCAGCUGCACAUCUGCGCACCCCCAGCCCACAUAACCCCCACGCCCCCCUCACUUGGCCUCACUGUCUUCUGGUCUUGGUGCUACUGAAACUGUUACCCGGAACUUGAACCCUGGCCCUCCCCACUGCAGAGCCAGGGAGCCCCCCCAGAGACGGCCAGCCGGAAACCUUUGGCCAGGGCUCCUCUCCAGGCCAUGUGCUAAGGGCCGGCUGGCCAGCUUGGCAUUCGCCUCUCCCUCGGGCCAAGGCCGCUGGGCCGAGCCAUAGACCCCAGCCUGCAGCUGUGCAGAGGCUCGGACAUUUUGUUGCUGAUUUUUGUGGUGACCCUCCACCCUCUGAUGGGGUAUCUUGGUCACCGUGUCCACCCUUCCAGUCAGGGCUAUUGGGGGCUUGCUCUUGGAAAUGAAGUCUGUCUCGUGUACUGAAUAAGCCCCCUGGGGGUAGCUGGGACAUUUGUGCAUCUUUGGCGGGGCUACACUCUUAAUGCUUCUCUGGGUCCUGUACCAGUCCUGUCCUCGUCGUUCGGGGAUGGAGUGCUCCCUUUACUUCCUUGCCGAAGUGUACAUGCUAGUGUGGUGUAUACUGGUGGGUGUUUGUUGAUGAUGUUGGCUUUGUUUUGUUUUUUACAAUUUUCUUUGUAGACUAAGGGAAGAAGAAUGCUUGUUUUUUAGGAAGUGUGAUGCUUUUCUUUGACUGCCAAACUCUUUUGUGGGAAUAUAUCUUUAUAUUAA